AUGGCGGCCCCGCCGCCGCCGCCCUUCCCGGGCCGCUUCGCGCCGCCGCCGCCGCCGUUCCGCGCCUUCCCCCCGGGGCCUUUCUCCCCCGCUCCUCCGCCUCCCUCCGCGGCCUUCCCCGGCCCCUCGGGCCGCCCGGCUCCCCCCUUCGCGGCGGCGGCGGCGGCUCCCCCGCCGUUCCUCCUGCCCCCCGAGGCCGCUCCCUACUUCCCGGCGCCUCGCCCCGCCGCCGCCCCGCCGCUCUUCCCCCCGUGGCCCUCAGCCGAGCGGCCCCCGGCCGGCCGCGGGGCCCCGCCGGGCGAUGCGGAGGCGGAGGAGGAGGCUCAGCAGCGGCAGCGGGACGAGCAGUGGCUGGCGCAGUUCCUGGCCCGCCGCCGCCGGGCUCCCCCCGCUGCUCCUCCUCCUCCGCCGGUGCCCCCCGGUGCCAGCCCCGAGGUCGGGCGGCGGCUGGCGGUGACGGCUCUGGGGCUGGUGGCUCGCCUGGCCGCCGCCUGCCGGGCCCUGAGGCGGCUGGAGGCCGAGGGGGACGAGGAAGGAUGGGGCGAGGUGCGGGUGGAAGCCGAGGCGGUGAGGUCGGAGCUGCGGGAGGCCGUGAGGCCCCUGAGGGAACCCGGCUACCUGCGGGAGCUGGGGAGGAAGGCCGAGAAGGCGAGGAAGAGGAGGCAGCGCCUCCAAAGGAGGAAGCAGGAGGCCAAGGCGGCCAAGGAGGAGGAGGCCGCCCGAGCCGCCGAGCGGGAGGCCGAGAUCGACCGGUGGAGGGCCAAGUGCAUCCAGGAGGUGGAGGAGAAGAACCGGGAGCGGGAACUUAAGGCUGCUGCAGACAGUGUCUUAUCUGAGGUCAGGAAGAAGCAAGCAGACACAAAGAGAAUGAUGGACAUCCUGCGUGCCUUAGAAAAGCUUCGGAAACUGAGAAAAGAGGCUGCUGGCAGAAAAGGUGUUUGUCCACCUCCCUCAGCAGACGAAGCAUUUGAAAGUCAGGUAGAAAGUCUCAAAACGUUGCUAAAAAACCGGACAGAGCUGUACGAAGCUGAGGAGAGAGCAUUAAGAGUUAUGUUGGAGGGAGAGCAGGAGGAAGAACGGAAGAGAGAAAUGGAGAAGAAACAGAAGAAGGAAAGGGAAAAACUUUUACAGCAGAAACGUGAAAUUGAUUCCAAGCUCUUUGGGGAUCCAGAUGAAUUUCCUCUUGCCCAUCUACUGCAACCCUUCAGAGAAUAUUACUUACAAGCCGAGCAUUCUGUAGCAGCGCUAAUCCAGAUCAGGCACGAAUGGGAUCAGUACCUGGUGCCAGCCGAUCACCCUGAAGGAAGCUGCAUCCCUCCAGGAUGGGUUCUUCCAAGUCUCCCCACAAACGACACUUGGGCCACUGCUGUCAGAUAAUUUAGAAAUAAAUUAUUUUAACUUUGAAGGAAUGUUUCAUUCUAGUUGUGUGUGUAAAUGUGAGAGGAUCCAAAGAGGAGGUCUUGUCCUUGGGUCCUGUUUCUGGUGGCCAGAUACUGGAAUAUCUUGAAGAAAACAGUAAGAAAUGUUUCUGUUUUCUGACUCUGGAGGGAAAUAUCUGAGCAAGUCCAAAGCUGUCAGGCCUCUUGUGGCACAGAAUUACAAUCCUGCUGUGAGUUUUUGUUAACAAAUCUCUAUCUUCAUAAAGUAACGUUGCUGACGAGGUUAUUUGUGCCAGUAUUCACAGUGCUAUUUUUAGUGACUUUUAUCUUUAUAAGCCUAAAUCAAGAUGUUGAAAUCUCCAGAAAUAAAAACGUUGUU